CCCUCCCUUGAUGAUCCAUUGACAGACACCAUCCAGAAGGUCCUGAUGGGAUUGAUUCAGAGAGAAAGGAAAGAGCUGUUCUAGAUCAGAGGCUACAACUGGGGGAACUGGGGUUCACUGUGAAUGCCCUUCAGUUACAGAGUCUAAGGAAGAGGGGUUUGGUUAAAAACAAAACAAAACAAACAACAACAACAAAACACAGAAAGGUGCUAGGGAAAAUUCAGACAGGUCAGGCUUUAAGUGAUGGGAAAAGGUUCUACCACAUGUGGAAGGAUUACACCUGCCACCCAGCUGGAAAGGAAGGCAUGCUCUUUAUCAGCUGAAAUGGACCCCUAGAUAUCCUGCUGGCCUGACCUCUCAAGUUCUCCUCUUUCAAGGUCAAUUCAGGGGGCUGGAUGUCUGCUCAUCCCAUACAACAAGCAACUGAAUGACUGAAUCUGUAUCAAGCAGUGGGAACCUGAAUGUCAACAAGCCUUGCAAAUGAAUCAAUGAUGAAACUACAUAUGGAAUAAUUUGGAAUAAGAAAAUGAAUUCAAGAGCUUAACAAUCUGCUACAGUAAAGAGGAAAAGAGAGCUCACAAAGGUGGGGAGACGAAGAGGAAUGGAAGUAGAUUUUGGCAGGCAGACAGGAUUCAAACAAGAGAGAAUUUCUCCUUGCCCCUCUUUCCCCCAGUAUACAGUGGAGUUGAUUAGGAAGAGUGCAGGCACCUGGAAGCACCCGGGAUUGUGAGGACCUAACAGUACUCCGAUACAAGUAACAGAAAAGAGCAUGUCAGGAUUACCACGGACCAGCAGCCGGGCUUCUUGGAGCGCCUCAGCGAAACGUGGGGGGGCAUGUUUGUUGGCUUAAUGACGUUUCUACUCUCCUUCUACCUGAUCUUCACUAACGAGGGCCGGGCGCUGAGGACGGCCACGUCCCUGGCUGAGGGGCUCUCUCUCGUGGUCCCCCUCAACACCAUCCAUAGUGUGGCCCCCGAGAACGACGGGAAACUCGUGCACCUGAUCGGCUCUCUUCGGACGUCCAAGCUCUUGUCUGAUCCCAACUAUGGGGUCUUCAUCCCUGCCGUGAAACUGAAGCGACAGGUGGAGAUGUACCAGUGGGUGGAGUCGGAAGAGUCCAGGGAGUACACGGAAGACGGGCAAGUGAAGACGGAGAGGAGAUACUCCUAUAAUACUGAGUGGAAAUCUGAAAUUGUGAACAGCAGGAACUUUGACCGAGAGAUCGGGCAUAAAAAUCCCAGCGCAAUGGCCGUGGAGUCCUUCACAGCCGUCGCUCCUUUUGUGCAGAUCGGCAGAUUCUUCCUUUCAGCAGGCCUUAUUGACAAAAUCGACAACUUCAAACCACUGAGCCUGGCCCACAUGGAGGAUCCCCAUGUCGACAUCAUCCGUCGAGGAGACUACUUCUAUCACAGCGAGAACCCCAAGUAUCCCGAAGUUGGAGAUGUGCGCGUUGCCUUUUCCUACGCAGGCCUGAGUGGUGAUGACCCCAACCUAGGCCCGGCUCAUGUGGUCACUGUGAUUGCUCGUCAGCGUGGAGACCAGCUGGUCCCGUACACCACCAAGGCUGGAGACACCCUCCUUCUUCUGCACCAUGGAGACUUCACUGCAGAGGAGGUGUUCCAGAGAGAACAUCAGAGCAACACAAUGAAAACCUGGGGCUUUCGUGGUGCUGGCUGGAUGGCCAUGUUUGUGGGCAUCAACCUUAUGACUCGGAUCCUCUAUACCUUGGUGGACUGGUUUCCAGUUUUCCGAGACCUGGUCAACAUCGGGCUGAAAGCCUUUGCCUUUUGUGUUGCCACAUCCCUGACACUGCUGACAAUUUCUGCUGGCUGGCUCUUCUACCGUCCUCUCUGGGCACUGGCCAUUGGCUUGCUGGCCAUAGUUCCUGUCCUUAUUGCUCGAACCCGGGUACCACCAAAAAAACAGGAGUGAAGAAUAUACAGGGCUCUGGACUGUCUGUUUUCACCUCAGAAUUUAGGAGAAUCUGGUCCUGGAGACCAUUGGAAACCAUUGCAUCCCACUCAGCUGAAGCUAUCACCACAUCCUCAUGCCUGGCAGGUCACCAGCUCCACCCAGCAGAACAAUUGAACAGGACCAGUUGGAAACUUCAUACUCUUCUCUUCUGCCUUGUACAUCUUGACUGUCUGUUUCUCUGGUAUAUGAGCAAACUAGGGAGAAUCCUCCUUUUCUCUAAUUGGCACUUUGGGUUGCUGGCAGAGUUGCCACCACUGGCUUUUUUGCGCUUCCUUUGUUGGAAGAGUUUGUUCUUUGGGGAGGAAGGAGUCACUGCAGCGUUCGAUCUGGAUUCUACCUCUGAGUUUCCUGGGGGAGACCUUUUAGAUCCUUUAUUACUGCUGAUCCAGCUGCAGGGCUAGAGGUGAAAAUGCCAUAAAAUCCACAGUAAAAGGUGCUGAGUAUUAUUGCUGAACAGCCUUUGUUCAAAGAUAAGCAGGGUGGGGGGAAGCUGCUUUGACUGUCUCCUGGGUCUGAUAUAUAUAUAUAUAUAUAUAUAUAUAUAUAUAGUUCUUGCAUUGACAAUCUUUAGUUAGUCUUUUACUUUAUAUCCAUUAGGGUUAAGCACUCCAAAAGUUACUUGUAAAGAAAAUAAAAAGGAUGUUUAACAUAUCAGUGUUUCUGUUAGGGAAAAGCACAUGUUGCUCUGUCUGCUGUAAUUUAUACAGAGAUGAUAUUCAAGUGAGCUUUCAUUUCUUUGAUAAUGUUAUUGGGGCUCUUGGUUUUUCCAUUUCAAAUUCUUUUGAAACAUCAUCCAUGGAACUUAUUUUUCUUACAGGGAGGGAAUGGCAGUAGGUGUUAGGUGCUUAGCAGGGGAUACCUUACCUUUUGAACUACACUGAUGAGCUUUAAGAAACCUGUUGGAAACAUUCACUUCAUAAAAUGUCUUAAAAACUGAUGGCACUGUGAGUUAGAAGUGGAACCAGAGACAACCACUUUGUUACAUGUAGUAUUGGAACUUGAUGGUUACAAAUGUGCCUGACAGCUCAGUGAUAAUUCUGGGGAAAAGUGCCUUUAGCAAUAGAGCUGUUUUUCAUAGUGUACAAGCCAAUCAGCCUAACUGUGGCUUAGAGGCAGAUGAUAGCCUUGACUUGGAAUGAUGAAGUUUUGUUUAACCAUUGUAAUAAUUGUAGAGUUGACAAAGCUACUUUAUAUUUGCUUGUCUGUUACAUUUUCUAACAACUUAACUGGUUCUCCAGUAAUCCACCCACAUUCUUCCAUUCAGCUCACCUAAUAUUAAAUUUCCUAACCACUCAUACUAUUCAAAGAUGGGUGUUGCAACCUUAAAGGUUCUUUAUGCAUCAGUCUUUCUUUUUUAAUAUUCAGUUAGGAUAUGCAGUGGUUGCCGUAGCAGAUAAAUAUUUGGUAGGAGUUGAGAAUGGAGUCAGAAUUUCUGAAACCAGUGAUACCAUUAAUUCAGAUUCUCCCUUUGUUAUCUUGGGGGUUUAUCUAUAUAGGAAGUUGAGGCUCCUCCCAAAAGAUGAUCCUUUCAUUGUUUAGGGACUUAAUAAUAUUGCUAGUUGUUAAGCAAUCACAAAUAUUUUCUCAGUACCUUACAUUCUAAAUUUAUGAAAUGUUAAAUAUUUUCUUCUGUUUGAAUAUAUACAAUGUAAUCAGAUUCUAUCUAUAAAUACUGAAGGUACUGAUUGGAUUGUUGAACAUUUUUAAUUCCUGGCAGUUUCUUGUUUACUCUUCCAAGUGUAAAAUGUUAAUACAAAUUUGAAGCCUUUCAGAAUACUUCCAAGAAUUUAAUUCUGACUGUAUUUUGAUCAAGAUAAAUUUUCUGCUGUAUUUUUUGGUACCCAAGACAUCAACAGUUGUUUCUCUGUUCUCUUUGCAAUUUGUACUUCAAAGAAUUAAACUGGGGCAUUGAGUACCAUA